GCCGCCCGCGCUGCCAGUCGCCAGCCAGUCGGACGAACGCACGAGAGCCGCGCGCGACGCUGCCUAUAACCUGAUUUGUGAUAACAUUACAAUAAACUCGAACGCUAUUUAAUAUUAGGCACGUGGAUGUGAAGUUUACCCAGGAUUACAUACAGUGACAGUGGCUCCUUUUGGCUCGGCCUCACAAUCGAGCUAAUUGCGCGAAUGCCACGGUCCACAGCCUACGCAGCCGGCGGCGUUCCCCUCCUCCGUUCAUUCAAGGACCAAUCGUUGAACUCAUGCCGCCGCGGCUUUCGCACGGUCGUAAUGUGCCGAUUUAGAAAUGAACUUCGAGAACGCGCCGCAAUGCACUGACUGAGCUGGAUGACCGCGAGCGAAUCGGCUCCAACAAUGUCAAUCAACCAGAACGCGGGCCAGUUUAGUAAACAGAAACAACAACUAGGUAAACAGGGACCGGAACCGGUCAACUUUCCACCGCGUUAUCAUCCGCCUCCGCCGGCCGCAGGUGUCCACAAGCUUCCCACUGUCGACGCGACCGCCAAAGAGUUCAAACCACCUUACGCAGGCAAGUCUAUCGAACCUAGCAAGUUGCAAUACCCGCCGGGGGUGCACGGAGCAGUGCCCGGCCCCUAUCCAAGUGCAUCGAUCCCUUUGGGUAAAUACCCGCAAGCAUAUCCUGCUGGGUACCAAUUGCCACCGGGAGUGAGAAUACUUCGACCUUCGGCUGAGAUAAUUACUAAAGCUAUAGUUCACGAGCCUGUAGACCCGACGACACGCGCAAGAAGUGCCGACGAUACGCAGCGCGUCCCGCGGAACAUCGAAGACGAACAGAUUCAUAGGAGGUCAGCGGACAUGCUCAAGUUUACUAAGCGUGUCGAGCCAGAGGGACCGCGGAAUUCAAAUGAUCAAAGGCGACAAAUUCAAGCUUUGUUAAAUGAAAUAAAGGCUUUGAAAGAGGCGAAUCGCCGACUUAGCGAAGAUAAUCAAGAACUGCGUGAUUUAUGUUGCUUUCUAGAUGACGACCGACAAAAAGGCCGUAAGUUAGCUCGUGAAUGGCAAAGAUUCGGGAGAUACACUGCAUCUGUUAUGCGACAAGAAGUGUCUGCUUAUCAAAGCAAAUUAAGGGAGUUAGAUGACAAGCAACAAGAAUUGAUACGAGAUAAUUUGGAAUUAAAAGAAUUAUGUCUGUAUCUAGACGAAGAACGUGAAAGAAGUACGUGUGUAAACUGUGGCAGGACCAACGGCAGAGAAAGGGAUGAAGGAGACGGCAGUAGCAGCGGCACUAACCCAGAAGAAGGGACUCGGGCUCCCCCAGCCGUAUCCAUAACGCAUCCCCAGCUCGCAGAACGGACAGUUCAGUACGUGAGAGAUUUAGAGCAAAAAGUUAAGAGACUUGAAGCGGAAAAAGGCCUCGGGAGUACUGUAAACGAGCGGCCUGAGGCUGUUGUACGAGCUCUACAAGUCUUGGAAGUGAGGGAACGCGUCGAAAGAGAAAGAAGAAGGCCUGCUCCUGAUUUAGAUUCAGGUGAACAAGCGCUAGUGAGGGAAAUGUGUAAUGUAGUUUGGGGAAAGCUUGAAGAUGCUCCACCGAAGGGACCACCACGUUGAUUAUAGUGGACAUCUAAAGAGUGCUAUAUGAUAUAUUUAUUGCUUAGUAUAAAUGGAGAUCGAUAAUCGAAAGACAACGAACCUGUGUGAGAAAAUUGUUAAAGUCGUUUACGACGCGGUUGGAAUCUGUUGAUUGAGUUUGAGGUCACAAAAGGCGUGUUGCCUCGUGACCCAAAGAGCGGAGUUAUGUAUCGACCUUGUUUAUAAAUCCAAACAUAACAGUUACUUUAAAUAUGUUUAUCGCUAAGUUUGUUGUGUGACUUUGCCAAGUUCCAAUAAGACUUAAUUUAAUGUUUUUAACAAAAAGUACAAAAUUAGAUAUUUUAAACGUUAAUUGUAGUACUUUAAGUUUCAUUUGUUUCCGAUUUGCUUCGCUUUAUUAAAAAAAAAACUACAUCAAGUAGUUAGAGACACAGAAAUUAUUGAUUAUUGUUAAUAGUUUGAAUUAUGUACUAUCAGUUUGACCUAAUGAGAGGCUAUACCAUAGUGGUCACAAAGUAUGAUUUGAAAAUAGUUGCGGUUGUUAAUUUCAGCUUUCGAAGUCUAAACCUUUGUUACUGCAUACACAAGCACUAUUGAUACUUUUUUGUCAAUUUUAUGGCAUAUAUUCUAAAAAAUACUACGUUGUUAUUUGUAAGGCGUCUUGAUUUCAUUUUUAAGAGUCUGUGAUUUUUGCCUGAACUGGUUUGUAGAAAUCCUUCCUAAUUUAAAGCGAUCUUGCCUUGCAGCAGUUUUUAAAAUGCAAUUUUUUUUAUAAAAUUAAUAUGAAAACAUAGUUAAUUGCCUUGCCUCAUGCUUAGCAUCUAGUCAGCAACGUAUGAACUUCAUGUACAACCUAUAAUUUAAUUUAUACCGUCUCAUCGUUUAGUGUUUGCUUGCUCGAAUUCUAUGUGUUGUAACUUGUAAAGCGUUAUUAAUUUAUUUAGACAUGAACAAUAAUAAACAACUUAUUACUGUU